AUGUACAAAUGGCAUGACUUUUCUGUGUGUAGUCUCCAAUGGUAUACUGUGACAGAGCAGUGUGCCUGUUUGUGUGCAGGUUUUUUCAACCUCGAUGGCAAGCCCAAGAGCUUGACCUGCCCGACAACCGGCCUGAUUGAGGAGGAGCUGAUCCACAUCGGACAGGUGGCCUCUUCAGUGCCAGUCGACGACUUCACCAUCCAUGGUGGUCUGAGCCGUAUCUUGAAGGCCCAAGGGGAGAUGAUCAAAAACCGCACAGUGGACUGGGCCCUGGGGGAGUAUAUGGCAUUUGGCUCACUGCUCAAAGAGGGCAUCCAUGUUCGCCUCAGCGGCCAGGAUGUGGAGAGAGGCACCUUCAGGUGAGGAGAGGGAGAGAAGGGGUGGAAAGUCUCUCUUAGACAAUGGUUUACAUUUUUGAGUGUGUAAGAGUGUGUUAUUUGGAUGGAGCCCUCAUUGAGCCGAGUCCCCGCUUAUAAAUAUCUGGAUUGACAAAAAGCCAUCUUUCAAAAAGCAUCUUGAUUGGUUCAAUAAUAGGAAUAGGUCAUGCCUUUCAUUAAUCCCUAUGAUGUCCAGAGCCUGCAGGUGUUCUGUUCUACUUGAUAAUUCAUUGCACGCACCUGGUGUCAAGGUCUGGUUUUCUGAUCCAGGCCCCUGCCUUUUUUUUAAGGUACAGUAUCUGUGACCAACAGAUAUACACUUGAA